GCACACGCUGUAAAGACAUCCCCUUUCCAGCUGCCAGAGCGACAUGCAGAACUUCAGUGCUUCCUCAAAGCCUCUCGGAUGAUCCACACUCGAGGAUUUUUUUUUCCGCUAUGAGGAGACCAUCGUGUGUUAGAACGUCACACGAUUUCAGGAGCGCUGGCUUCCUGCUCCGCGCCUCGCCCCCUGCGCCGCUGCGUUUUCUCUUUUAGCUUUCGCGCGUUGACUUCCGCGCGCUGUAUAACACCGCACCGCAAUGAUUAGCAAAGUGAAAAAUGCCAUGUCCUCGCUGGUGGGCGGCAUAGUACCGCACGGCCACCACCACCAUCAUCAUCAUCCUCAGCAGCAGCAGCAGAGCGGAGCGGACUCUUUGCCCCCGCGCUUCCCAUACGCGCGGCCCGACUUUCUGGAGCUGAGCGCUGAGUUGGUGCAGUACGCGGCCGAGCACGCAUCCCGGCCCGUCAUUACACCCCGGAGAGACACCAAGAUGCCCUGGCGCACAGGAUAUGCAGAGGUCAUAAAUGCAGGAAAGAGCAUGCUGAAUGAGGACCAGGCCUCGUGUGACGUGCUAUACGUGAAGAAGCUCACUAGCAAACAACAGCGUGCCUCUGUGCUGCUGGAAGACAGUGGGGACACCACAGGUAUCCCCUUGCACUUCUGGGGUGUAUUUGAUGGUCACGCCGGCUCUGGAGCCGCUCUCAUGGCCUCCAAACUCCUCCAUCGGCUCAUCCGAGACCGUUUGUGUGAAGUAGCUCAUCUUUUGGAGAAUCAGAGCAACCCACCACCCAUUUGCCUAGCUAAGAAUGGGAGUCCCUAUCAAGCUGAGCAAAAGAAGGGAUCUUGCAUGGAUGCAGAAGACCAGGAUGGGCCUGUAGAUCCCAUCGCUCGGUUUCACAUGGAGAAGGUUGUCAGUAUGGAAAGCUUGGUGAUGGGAAUCAUAGAGAAUGCCUUUAAACAAAUGGAUGACCUCAUAGAGAAGGAGAAGGCAUCUUACAGCAUUUCUGGAGGAUGUUGUGCCUUGACUGCUGUGCAUUUGCUAGGGAAACUCUACGUAGCAAAUGCAGGAGACAGCAGAGCCAUAAUUGUUCGCAAUGAUGAGAUUAUUCCCAUGUCUAAUGAGUUCACACCGGAGAGUGAGAGACAGCGGCUACAGUACCUGGGAUUCCUUAAACCAGAACUGCUUGGGAACGAGUUCACACACAUUGAGUUUCCCCGGCGCAUUCAGCACAAUGAGCUAGGCAAGAAGAUGUUAUUUAGAGACCACACUAUGACGGGAUGGGCAUAUAAGACAAUUGUUGAAGAUGACCUCAAGUUCCCCCUCAUUUAUGGAGAGGGGAAAAAGGCCAGAGUUAUGGCCACGAUUGGAGUAACACGUGGUUUAGGAGAUCAUGACCUGAAAGUGUACAGUUCAAACAUUCAUAUCAAACCUUUCCUAUCCUGCUGUCCAGAGGUGAAAGUAUACAAUAUUUCAGAGCAUAAGCAUGGUAAUGAUGACGUCCUCAUUAUGGGUACUGAUGGAUUGUGGGAUGUGACUUCUGACAGAGAAGUAGCAGAUGCUGUGAAAAAAUUUCUGUCCAGCUGUGAGCAUAAUGACCCAAUGAGGUAUACUUUGGCUGCUCAGGAUCUCCUAAUGAGGUCACGUGGUGUUCUGAAAGAGCGGGGAUGGAGGCUGCCUAAUGACAGACUGGGAUCAGGCGAUGACAUAACAGUGUUUGUCAUCCCAUUGGCCGGGGCAGAGUUAGAGACAUGACAAGGCAGAUCAGUUAUUCUCUGGCAAGCAAAUCAGGACACGGCGCUAAUUCGCGCCGGCUGAGGAAGGGGUGCAAUACCAAAAAAAUCCAUUCUCACCUGAGCUGAACAGAAUGAUGUAUGCAUUGCUCCUCUUCCUCCAACUUUUCAGAGGAAUCAUCUCGACUCUUACCUCUUAUUAUCAAGCCUGGGAUGACAUCAUCAUUAAGUGCCACUCUUCUCACUCAACAUUUCUCACAGAUUUACUGUGAAAGACUUCAGAACACGCAAAGCCGCUGUGAUAUAAAUACUCCAGAAGUCUAUUGGGGAGCGAGCAGCUAUAAGAAGAGAGAUUUGUGAUAAUCAAAAUAAACAGGGUCUUUAAUACAUGACCUGUAGAAAACAGAGGAAUGGAGCACUGGUGAUAUGAAAUGAAAUCUUGAUGAUUAAGGAUGUAUAGAUGUAAGCACUUUAUCUUUAGACAUAAACUCAUCAACCUGUAAUUAAAACUUAGCAAAUCUCCCUCAGCUCCCUUAAAUGUCUCCAAAGAAUGAAUCUAAUUAAACACAUGGGUUUUAGUGACUUUGCAGCAGCUUUAUUUAGAAACAAAUUAUCACCAAGGAAAGAAAGAAGCACAAUUUUCUCGUUAGUCCUGAUAAUGAAAGAGUCUAAUACGGCUCCUUAAUAUUGUAAUUGAGGCAAUUGUGUAGACUUGCAUUAUGGCAUUUGUGGGCAGUGGUAGCUCAGUAGUUAAGAUACUGACCUAGCUGACUGCCAAGCUGCCACUGUUGGGCCAAUGGACAAGGCCCUUAACCCUCAACUGCUAUUUUUAGUCUUUUUGUAUAAAUUAGAUAAAUUGUAAGUCUUUCUAGUGUCUGCCAAAUGCCAAAAAUGUAAAUGAGAAAUACUACUGUAAUCCUACAUCAUGACAAAUUUUCUUAAAAAUAGAGGCCAUCAUUUCACCUCUUGUACAUUUGACUAAACCCGGGUUCCCUACCUCUCCACAAAGCCAUGUUCACAAUGAACCUAAAAACCUGCAAGGAGGUGGAUUUUUGAUUAUAAUCAAACCCAUGUAUUAAUUGUGCACAUUAAUUUUCAGCUAAACUGUAGCUAAUGGGUUAGCUUUUUCUGAGCAAAGUUUAGAAGCCUAUUAUAUAUUGAGAAUCCCUAUUAAAGCAGCUUUUAGGAUAAAAUCAACACAUAUGGAACCUAGAAUCUUAUCAUUCAUGAUGAAUUUAUUAUUGUAAUGUAUUAUUAUAACUGUAACUUUCACCCCAGGUACCAUAUUUGUAAAAAUGGGUUAAAAAGGGUUUUAGGUGGCAGCUAAAUUACCACCAAUGAUGUUUUAAUGUGAACACAUUUCAGCAUUAGAACCUGAUCAUCAUCACCUAAACUUUAUUUCAAUGCACCAUGCUUAAAUGAUCUUGAGGUGAAGAACCUAUUGUGAAAAUAAAUCUGAACAUUGAUGGCUGACUACUAACAAACUUUUUUUGCUAUUCCAUGUUUAGUUGAAUUGCCAUUCCUGCAGACUUUUUUAUCGUUUGUUAAGCUGUAACACCUAAGCAACUGUGAUUCAUUCGAAAUAAAUCUCCCAUCUUUGAAUAAAUAAUUUUCUGUCU